AUGGCUUCCGCAGAUGAGCUGAAAGCUCUUGGCAACAAGGCCAUUGCCGAAAAGAACUUUGACGAGGCCGUAGACAAGUUUACCCAGGCCAUUGCUAUCCAACCCGAGAACCACAUCUUGUACAGCAAUCGAUCCGCUGCUUAUGCCUCCAAGAAGGAUUGGGACAACGCCUUGGCCGACGCUGAUAAGACUACUCAGAUCAAACCAGACUGGGCCAAGGGCUGGGGUCGAAAAGGUGCUGCCCUGCACGGAAAAGGCGACCUGCUCGGUGCCAAUGAUGCUUACGAGGAGGGCUUGAAGCUUGAUGCCAAUAAUACUCAGCUGAAGAGUGGUUUGGCCUCUGUCGAGAAGGCCAUAAAACAGGAAGCAGGUGGCCCUGGUGGCUUUGGAGCCGACCCUACCGGGGGUCUAGGCCAGAUGUUCAAUGAUCCCAAUCUGAUCCAGAAGCUCGCCAACAACCCCAAGACUAGCUCAUUCCUCGCUGAUCCUACCUUUAUGGCCAAGCUGCAGCAGAUGCAACAGAAUCCUGGAAAUCCCCAGGAUCUUUUCAGCGACCCUAGAAUGAUCCAGGUUCUGGGUGUGUUGAUGGGCGUCGAUAUGGAAAUGCGUGACUCGGAUCCUCGCGAGGACACCAACAUGACCGAUGCCCCGGAGACAAAGAAGCCCGAGCCUGCCAAGAAGGCUCCUGAACCCGAACCUGAGCCAGAGGAGCUGGAUGAGGAAGCUCUGGAGAAGAAAAAGAAGAAGGAGGAGGCCGACAAGGAGAAGGCCCUUGGUACUGAGAACUACAAAAAGCGCAAGUUUGACGAAGCCAUUGAACAUUACUCCAAGGCCUGGGAUAUUUUCCAGGACAUCACCUAUCUUAACAACCUCGGAGCCGCAUAUUUUGAGAAGGGCGACUACGACAAGUGCAUUGAAGCCUGCACCAAAGCCGUUGACGAAGGCCGCACAGUCUACGCCGAUUUCAAACUUAUUGCCAAGAGCUACGCCCGUAUUGGAAAUGCUUACGACAAGAAGGGUGACUUGGCCCAGGCUGUUGAGAACUACAACAGGUCCUUGACUGAACACCGAACACCUGAUGUUCUGAACAAGUUGCGAGCGGCGGAGAAGCGCAAGCUUGAUGCGGCCAAGACUGCAUACAUCGAUCCUGCCAAGGCUGAAGAGGCUCGUGUGCAGGGUAACGAUAAAUUCAAGGCAAACGACUUCCCCGGUGCGGUGGAAGCCUACUCGGAGAUGAUCAAGCGAGCGCCAGAAGAUGCUCGUGGAUACAGCAACCGUGCCGCCGCCUUCAUCAAGUUGUUUGAAUUCCCCAGCGCCGUUGACGACUGCAACACGGCCAUCAAGAAGGACCCCACCUUUAUCAGAGCGUACAUUCGCAAGGCUCAAGCCUUCUUUGGCAUGCGCAAGUAUUCCGACUGCGUGGAUGCCUGCGCCGAGGCCACCCAGGUCGAUCAAGAGCACCACAACAAUGCCAACAGUCGUGAAAUUGAGCAACAGCAACAAAAGGCAUUGAACGCCAUGUACUCGGCCCGUGACAACGAGACCGAGGAGCAGACUCGCGAGAGACUGAUGAAGGACCCAGACAUCAUGGGGAUUAUGCAGGAUCCUGUCAUGCAGUCGAUUCUGCAGCAGGCCCAGUCCGACCCCAUGGCUCUUCAAGAACACAUGAAGAAUCCAGGUGUGCGAUCGAAGAUCCAGAAGCUCAUGGCUGCUGGCGUGAUUAGAGUCGGUGGGCGGUAA